AUGGCAACAGAGAGCAACAAAGACGUUUUUUUGGAUGGAUUUAGGAAACUCUUGAAAGAACAAUGGCAAGCAGACGUACGUCUCAAAGCAGGAGACAGUGAUGAGAGGACUGGAGCUAUCUCCGCCCACAAACUUGUUCUGGUUGCGAGAUCAAAGGUAUUUAAGAAUAUUUUGGAAACAGACGGGUGCAAGGCUUCAGCUAACUUAGAAACAGUCACUCUCUCUGAGAUGAAGCACGAAGAACUUGAGGCUUUAGUUGACUUCAUGUACAGUCCUGAUGGAUCCAUUUCUUUUGAAAGUCUCAAGAAACAUGAUCGCAGAUUUGGUUUGCAAAUGGCAAAACAGAGCAAUAAGGAGGAUUUCUUGGGUGGAAUAAGGAAACUCUUUAGAGAACAAUGGCAAGCCGAUGUACUCCUCAAGGGAGGAGACAGUGAUGAGCUUGCAGCUAUCUCUGCACACAAACUUGUUCUGGCAGGAAGAUCAAUGGUGUUUAAGAAGAUGAUGGAAUCAGACGAGUUCAAGGCUUCAUCUAAGCUAGAGACAGUCACUCUCUCUGAGAUGAAACACGAAGAAGUCGAGGCUUUAGUUGAGUUCAUGUACAGCAUUGACGGCUCAAUUUCUUCCGACAGUCUCAAGAAGCAUGUUCGGUCACUCUACCUUGCAGCCGACAAAUACGAGAUACCACAUCUACGUGACCUAUGCAGAAGCGAGCUUAUAUCAUCUCUUAAGCCGUCGAAUGCUCUUGACAUACUUGAGCUUGCUCAAAUCCCUUUUGAUCAAGCCCUCCACUCUUCGGCAUUCACUACUAUCAAAGCCAAUAUAAGCACCAUUGCUAGCUCUGCUGAGUUCAAGUUGUUUGUCGUCAAUCACCCAAAUCUUACCGUAGAGAUCAUUAAGGCUUCUCUUACUCCUCCGCCUAAGAGCAUCAUCAACGCUGAUGCUUAG